UUGUCAAUUAUGAGUUUUGUAUAAUUUUAAUUGAUUAGUUAUGAUGCGAUUAAUACAAAUUGACCGAAGUCCAAUCGCUUUGUCGCAGCAAUAUUUAUAAUGAAUAAUAAUCGAGGACAUUGUAAUAAAAAAAUUUUUCUUGAUAAUUGCUCGAAGAAUUAAGUUAUUCAGGAAACCAAAUCACAAACACGUUUUUUAUGACAAAUAAGUUCAAGUGUAGAGAAGAUUAAAUUAUAUGUAGACGUAAAACGCAUUUUAAAUUUAUCAUUAUGAAUUGAGUUUUCAUUUAGUUAUCGUUGAGUCUUUUCGCUGGAUGCUUGGGUGAGCCAGUUAGCGAAAGAAAGUAAAGUGAAGUGACUUGUUCAAUCACUAAGAACCGAUAAUUAUAAUUAAAUAAUUAUGAUUAUACAAAUUUCAUCACGCGUCGACAAUAAGCAUUUAACAAAAAUAAUAUUUCGACAAUUAAUUUUUGGUUUCAUACUAUUUAAUUAUGUGGGCGCGAAAGCCAAUGAAUUAGAAAAAUAUUUACCUGCGUAUGCAGUGGCUGUUAAUUCGGAUAUUUUACCGAACUCAACUUGUAAGACUGAGUUAGAAAUAUUACGAGUUGGUAUUGAUCAAAAAAUUUUAUGGAGUUUGAAAGUUUUAGAUGCCAGUGGGGAACCAAAAUCCGGAUUUUUUUACGGCAAUAAUUUUUGGAUAGGUAGUAAAAGCCAAUGCCUUGAUUUGGGAAAUACUAAACCUUUUCAAUUAGAUCCGGAUAUUUUGAAAAAUAAUUCAAAAUAUCGUAACAUCAACGAAGAAUUUCCACCCUAUCAUUUGAAUUAUUUUGUCGCGUUUUUCUAUCAUAACAGCACACUUCAGUAUCAAUUUCGCUUCAAAUAUGAUGAUUUAAUGUCACUUGGGCUUUGUCUCCCGGCCUCGUGUUCAACUGAUGAAUUAGGAAAAAUUUUGACCAAAAUAUUCGAAUCCAGAACUCUUGCGAUCAGCAACUUAUAUUCCGCAGAUUAUCGACUUCAUGAUAUACGAGAUCUCAAAGAUGAUUAUAAGUGGCUUCUUGAUUGGAGGAUCAUUACCACUGGUAUCGUUGUGAUACUGACAAUACUGUUGGUCAUCAUCGGUACUUUCUAUGACUGUACUAUCCACCAAAAACGUUUAAAGUUGUCAGAACUCUCUAAAAACCUAGAAUCUGACUCAACUGAAACUCCAAAAAGUAAAAUUCAACUGAAACUCCUUGAAGAAGUGUUGCUGUGUUUCUCCAUCUACACCAAUUUCAAAAUUAUCUUCAAUACCAAAUCGAACGAGGAUUCAGUGACUUCUAUCAACGGCAUUCGAUUACUCGGAAUGAUAUGGAUUUUUUUACUGCAUGCAGUAGUUUACUCAAAUGAUACGAUCGAUAAUCGAGCAAUAGUGUGGAGAUUAUCUGAAGAGUUAUCAAAUCAAGUUCUAACCAGCAGUAGUUUAGCCGUAGAUACUUACUUUUGUUUGAGCGGCUUUCUAAUCAGCUGGCCAUUCUUCGGUAAAAGAAUGAAUGGGAAUCAUGAAGCGAAAUCGGUUCGUCGAUUCCCAUGGUUUCAUUAUUUUGGUCUCAUUUUUAAAAGAAUUGUAAGACUCGCUCCCGUAUAUUUGGUAAUAAUUGGAAUAGCUGAGAUUGUUUUUGGGUGGUUCAAAAUAAAUUCAUCUUAUAUAUCUACAGAAGACCCACAUUAUUAUUGUCACGAUAACUGGUGGAGAAAUUUGCUCUUCAUAAAUAAUUUUUUCAAUUGGCAUGAAGCAUGUCUCACCUGGAGUUGGUAUGUAGCAAAUGACAUGCAAUUUUACAUCAUCGGAACUUUUUUAAUACUCUUAUCUGACAUAUAUUUUUACACAUCUGGAAUUUUAUUGUUAACUUUGCUAAUAGUUCCAGCCAUAAUCAGUGGCUUUAUUUCUUAUUCGUACGGAUACAUAACUACGAUAGACCAAAUGUGGGCCAUUAUGGAAGUCGUAUACACUCCGCCUUGGAUGCGAAUUGGUCCAUAUUUGGUUGGAAUGAUUACAGGAUAUAUUCUAAGAAGAAUGAAGGGUAAAUUAAAUGUUGGUCGAAAAACGUUAUGUUUACUUUGGAUAGUCGGAAGUCUGUGUAAUAUUUCUCCACUCUUUGGUCUUUACGGCAAAAGUCUCUCAGCAGCUAGUGCUGGAAUAUAUGUUGCUUUUAGCAGGAUUGCAUGGGGUAUUGGGAUCUCUUGGAUUUUGGUUGCCUGCUAUACAAACAAUGGCGGAUUUGUAAACAAAAUCUUGUCACUAAAAAUCUGGAUUCCGCUAUGCAAACUUACAUACUGUGGAUACUUACUGAAUCCUUUGAUCACUAUGUCAAUGGUUAUGCUAUCAGAAGCAUCGGUACACAUAGUUUUGAUACCGUUCUUAAUGAACUUCUUGGGAUUAACAGUUUUUUCUUUCGUGUGUGCAUUUUUCAUGUCAGUACUAUUUGAAAUUCCAUAUAUGUUACUAUUUCAGACGUUUCUACAGCCACGAAAUCGAAAUAGAGAAUAAUAAUUGUUCUUCAUUGGAUGACACUCGAUACUGAAAAAAAAAAAAUCUUUCGUAAUUUAAUUUAAUUAUUACUUUUUAAUCUUCAUAUUUGAAUAAAAUCGAAUAAAUAACUUAUUAUAUUAAUAGAAAAAAAAU